CACUUUCGGUUCUGCUUCUUCUUCGGCAUCGAGAAGCUACUUGUUGCGUUUGGACCGCUUUCUUCGCACGCACCUGAACUACACGUCACCAAACCAGGUUAUCCCAGAACAGUGCCUGCAGCGAAGAUGCGCCAACUAAAGGGAAAGGUCAAGGAGACCCGGAAACAGAAACAGGAGCGCAAGCUGGACAACUUGGAGAUCCAGGCCAAAAUCCGCACCGUGGUGCUCCCGGCGGUUGGUGUGUUGGCGGCCUUCCUGGUGAUGUUCGUCUACCUUAAGACGCGACCUGCGGUCCUGGCUUGAUCGGAAACGAUUGAAGUGUUAGCCAUAAGUUCUAGAUUAGGAGCUAUAUUUGUGGAGAGUGCAAUGUAAUUGUCGUUAACAGUGCAUCUAGCUUUAAUUGUAAAAUAAAUAAAUUGUAUUUCGUCCAUA